AAUUCCAAUUCCAAUUCCAAUUGUAAUUCCAAUGCCCGAGAAAAUGGUAAAAAGAAUGGCGUUCGACCGGGUAAGAGCACAAAGAAGGGUUUGACCUAUAAACUGUCCUAUUCGGCGAAAGAGAACCAUAAUGGUCCACUGUUUGGUGUUUCCAUGAAUGUGGAGCUGCAAAAGGAUGGACACUUUGUGUUCGCUACCGUUGGAAACAACAGAGUUGGUGUCUAUGAGUGUUGUCCCGAUGGAAGCGUUAAACUUUUACAAUGCUACUCGGAUCCCGACACGGAGGAAAACUAUUACUGCUGCAAUUGGACCUACAAUGAUGUGACCUUUGAUCCGAUCCUUUUGGCUGCCGGAAGCAAAGGAAUCAUACGAGUUAUUGACCCGGGAACCAAUGAAUGUGUGAAGCAUUACAAAGGCCACGGACAAUCGAUAAACGAUCUGAAAAUUCAUCCACAAGAUCCCAACCUGAUUCUCUCAGCAAGUAAAGACUUCCUGCGACUGUGGAACCUUAAAAGCGACAUUUGUGUCAUCAUCUUUGGUGGAGUUGAAGGUCAUCGCGAUGAGGUUUUAUAUGCUGAUUUUCACCUGAAAGGACACCGAAUUGUCAGUUGUGGUAUGGACCAUUCGCUAAAGAUUUGGUCUUUAGACAAUCAAUGUGUUGUCAGUAGAAUCAAAGAUUCCUACGAAUUCAACAUUGAAAAGAAUAGAAAACCUUUUAAAACGUACAAGUUGCACUUUCCCAAUUUCACAACCAGAGACAUUCAUCGCAAUUACGUUGAUUGUGUUCGCUGGUAUGGAAAUUUUCUUUUAUCUAAAUCGUGCGAAAACGAAAUAAUCUGUUGGAAACCUGGUAAAAUCGAAAAUGAGAACGACUUUCAGUUGCCUCAAGUCAAUUAUACGACAGACCAAACAACAACAAUUCUCCAUCGAUUUGACUAUAAGAAUAGCGAAAUUUGGUUCAUCAGAUUCUCUAUGGACAGAGAGCAGAAAAUUUUGGCUUUGGGUAAUCAAGUUGGUAAAACUUAUAUUUGGGAUUUAGAUGUUGAUGAUCCAGCGACUGCGAGAUUUACUAUUCUCUCUCAUCAGAAUUGCACUGCCACAAUCCGCCAAACGUGCCUGUCCCAAGAUGGAUCCAUAUUGAUUUGUAUUUGUGAUGACGCUUCAAUCUGGCGAUGGGAUCGAUGUGAUUCCAAUCUAGAUGCUAAAAACACGACCAACAAUGGACGUGCUUAAUCAUCUGUGAUGUAAUUGGUUCUCUUUCUUUCUAAAGUUUAAUCACUGCCGGGUUUUACUCGCCUUACUACAAACCACCUCAUUUAAAUUGUAUAAUAUUUAUGAAAAACAAUUGGUAAAACUGUUGAAUUUCAUCGAAACCUUUACUCACAUUUUUAUCUUUCCAACGGCCAUCUUUGAAUCUCUCUUUCUCUAUCUCUCUCUCGCUCGAUAUUAUUUCAGAACAAAUCAAAACAUAAUUCAAAUUUUAAUGUAAAUAUAUUAAUGUAAUACUUUCUGAUGAUCUUCAGUCUAGUUUAUGAUAUGUUAUGUUUUUUUUUGUUUUCGUUGAUUAUAAUUGGUCUGAGAUCAAUUGA